AUGGAGGGAAAGGCAGAAAAACUAGGGCUACUUGGCGCCUUCGGGAUUGUGACAGAAUCAAUCAGAAUCCUUAGUUGUUGUCCACGAAUAAUAGUGGCCAUCACGCUCACCUUAGUUUUGCCUCUUUCUUUGGAGGCUCUGCUGCACACUUUGAUCUCACUACCCCUUUCCGCUAAACUCCUUUUUGAUGAAUUGAAUUCCCUAACAAGCGAAGAUGUCAAUGAAAGAGCCGAAUCUCACUGGCAAUUAACAGUAUUUAUAGCCUGCGAAACGGUCUAUGGAGUUUCGGUUUAUGCACUGUCGGGGCUGUUGACGGCCGCCAUGGCGUCUACUGUAGCAUCCAUUUACAGUGGCAAACAGGAACCCUCUUUAGCAAGGCUUAUAAGAAUUCUUCUAACGACCUGGAAGCGAAUGCUCAUAACGUCCCUGUGGGUUUUCUUUUUAUUGGUUUUGAAUAUAGUCGCCUUUGCUUUGGCUGUGAGUUUAUUGAUUUGGAGUUUCAAUCAUUUCAACGUAACUUCCACUGGCCCAUUUAACGCUGCGCUGAUUUUAAUAAGCAUGGUGUUCGUCUGGGUGUGGGUGAAUAUCAUUGUGCUUUGGAAAUUAGCGUGCGUGGUGUGCGUUGUGGAGGAGAAGUCUUACGGUUUGGAGGGCAUGAAGAAAAGCCUGUGUCUCAUCAAUGGGAAGGAUUCUACAGCCUUGCUGCUUACACUCUUAUGCCUCGUCAUUGACUGCGGUUUCAGCUAUGCAGUUGUUAGAGGGAAUGUGGAUGCAGUUGAUUUUGAGGGGAGUAAUGCGUUUGGAGCAAUCCUAGUGAUGUUGGAAUGUGGAGUUGUUUUGAUGGGGCCCUUGAUGCAGAGCGUUCUGUAUUUUGUGUGUAAAUCUUAUCAUCGUAAAAGCAUUCAUAAAUUGUGGGUAGUGGAUCAGUUGGAAGAUUACUAUCUUGUUUAGUAAGGGCAUCGAUAAUAUGUUACUUGCAUUAUAUGUAUUUUCAUGUAAAUAUCUCAGAAUGCUAUCGUAAGCGUAGCUGUUGGAAAUGUAAAGGUUUUAUUAGGUCUAAGAGAUAAUGCAAUUGAAGAAAUUGGCCAGGAUCAUCUUUCAUCAUUUCAUUGAUUAGGCGAGAAAA